AUGUAUGUUGACCCUGCAACCGAUAUCCGUCAUGAAACGCGGUAUCGGCGUGAAGCAGACGUGGAAACCAGUCACGGAGCUCUCAACUUCCAACUUGAAGCAGAUCUGCUGAUCUCUGGAUCCACUGGCAGUGUUGCUCCGUUUCAUGCUGCUCCACCGGACACGUCUGCGCUUCCAAUGACACACCUUCUUGAAAGAAAUUGCAACGACUCCAGAGAUGAUUGGUUUCGUCAACCCAAUCCGCAAGAUCUCAGCAACCCCAUCGCACGAAAUGAGGCUUCCAGCAAUAAGCCAUGUACCACAGGUCCCUGGAGCCGCCUCCCUGGCGUCUCGGCGACGGCAGGAGUCCGCCUGUCCCCGGAGCAUCCGCCUUUUCAGCAUGAAUUGUCGCUUUACCGUCUUGGAGGCUCCCAGCCUGCUGCCAGCACUGGAAGAGAAACGCAGAAGACUAAUCUAGCUUUUCAGACGGCACUGGCAGCAGCAUCAUGUGAUCCCGGAUCAGCGGUCGUGGCUCGCCGAGACCUGCCGCCUGUGGUGCAUCGGGAGGCGGCAGGCGAGGAGGUACGCAGCCGAGAGUCCAUGAUCGCUGUCGUCAUGGCUGCUGCUGCUGCCGCCGCGGCUGCAUCGAGUGCCAGCGGCUCCAACGCCGCCGCAGCUGUCGCUGCUGGUGCAGCUGCAGGCUUCGCAGCAGCGAACGCAGUGGAUGCAAGAAUCUCCCAAGGAAGACAUCUGCUGGGCUCACAGCAGUACGGCGCAGUGCCGAGGAACGCCACAGUCAUCCCCGCGUCGCUCUCCCUUGUUCCAUCCACCCAGCUCAGCCCUGCAUCCGUCCCUGUUCCGGCUGCAGCGUCCCCUGUACCUGUACCUGUACCUGCAGCUCCUGCAUCAGCCUCUGCGCAGUCUGCAGCACUCUCUGGACAGGCGUUGAUGGGAGUGCAGCGCGCCAUGCUGCUGGCUGCUGCUGCUGCUGCCGCUGCUAGCCACCACGGCGACGGGACACAUCGAGGCAUGGCUGCAGAUUCAGCAGCACCCGUGGCAGCACCUGUUCAACCUACAGCCUCCCGGCCUUCCUCCUCGCUCGCAAUCUCCUCAGCCACCACUGCUGCUCCAAACGCCGGAGCUACCAGGACACUUACUGCUGGGAGCGGCGGCAGCAGCAGGGCGGCUGUGUGCGACAACGAAGGCGGCAUGGCCCCUCGUGUCAGCAAGCUCCUAGCCAAGUGGUUGCGGUCGGACGACGAGGGCCCUCACGUGUGCCCUGUGUGUAAGCAGAGCUUCCCCACGGCCGGAGGCCUGAAACAGCAUCAGCACGACCGCUGGCGCUGCUCCCUGGGCUCUCAACCCGUGCAGGCCUCUGCAUCCGCUGCCGCUGCUGCUGCUGUGCCUGGGCCAAGCCGUGUGGCGCCAGGAGCAGCUGGAGCUUCUGCUGCUGCUGGUCGCAGUGGGCGCUCGGGUGUGAGUACAACUGCUGUGGAUGGGGGUAGAAACACUGUAACGAGGGAAAGUGACAAGAGGGGUAGUGGAAAGGGUGGUGAUGGAAAGGGCACCACUGCGACUGUGAGAGACAGCACAGGGAUGUUGUGGCCUCGACUGUCCGUACUUGAUUCUGCAGCGAGUGGCGGGGAGGCCGUGGGAAAGGACAUGUCUCGGAAGCCCAAGAGCAGGAAACAAGGGGCUUCUGAAGUUGGAGGGCUGAGGAGACAGGAGAGAAAGGGUCAAACGGCGGGAAGCAAGCGGCCGCAGAGCGAGAUUGUCUCGGGAGGUUCAUUUAAAGAGCACCCAGUGCAGCAGUCAGUCGGGCAGCAGAGUGAGAAGCAGCAGAUGGAGAGAGGUUCAGCUAGCACAACCCCUUCCACACGGCAGGUCAGCAUGACCAACACGUCUCCCCCUCCUCGAACCUCCCUCAGUGCCCCUUCCGCUGCCUCCCCUUCCCUCGCCUACUCCUUCUCGCUGCCUUCCCAUCACUCAGCCGUGACAGCUGGAUUGGAGGGGGCGGAAGGUGGGAAGGGAGGGUUGAGGGUACACGGGCAGCAGCACUUUAGUGAAACGAAUCCCAUGGCCGAUGAAAAGCUGCUGAGCCCUCCCAAGCGCAUUCGGUCAAUGAAGGGGAGAGUAGAAGGUACAGGGAAUAUUAACAUGGUAGAUGGAGACAGACUGCGAGGCAGUGGUUUGGAGUACCACCAAUCGAGAGACUUUGACCUGGCAAAGCAUGUUGUGCAGGGUGAGGCAGGGCAGAAAGGCGGUAUGGCGGAUGAAAACAUGCGCGCAGAAGAUUCUGUGUAUGGUGGUCCUGCAGCAUCGGCAGAGACGGCGUCAGCAGGAGUGGCGGACGUGACUGCCAUGGCUGGGUGGCUGAGAGCAGCACGCGUGCGCAGCGGUGAGCAGUGGGGACCCCCGCCAUCCAGCUUCCCUGCUGCUGGCGGGCCUGGGGUGCCCGCAAGGGCUGCAGGAGGGAUGGAAGAGGAUGGGCAGGCAGGUGGAGGGGGAGAAAGGGUGAGCAAGGGAGAGGACGCAGCGGCAUAUGCGGUGGACACACAGCGGUGGCACAAGACACAGCGCUCGCGCGUGGAAAUAUUGGAGGGCAACUUGCCGCCCUGGCAGGCAGCUGACUUGUUUCUCUCAGGCGCACUUUCAGCUCAGGCAGAGAGAGGGUUUGGUGUGACAGCAGCAGGCGAACAGGGGUCUCGUGAUGCUGACUCGUCCACCAGAGCGACCUUUUCCAGGGCUGCUGCUGCUGCCACUGCUGCUGCUGCUGAUGCGAGCCAUGGUGCGAGUGAGAGGGCAGAGGCAGGGCUGACAUUUGACCUCAACAUGGCACAUGGGGUGGAUGAGGACGAGGAGGACAAGGAGUGCGGCAGUGACAAGCAGCAGACUCAAGCAGUUGGGGGUAUCACUGAUGUGGUGUGUGCUGAAGAUCCCAGUCCGAACAUCUGGAGUAGGGGCGGAGCAUCCGGAGCUACUGGUGCAGGCACACCUGGUGCAGGCGUACCCACCAUGAGCAUUCCCGAAUCGUGUUGCUCCUGGAACUGCGUGUUCUUCUCGCUUCCCUGCCGCAGAAAGACACGGGUGCAGAUGACAGGCAGCCAGGCAGGGGAAAGAGCACAUGCUCCUUUCCGCCCCUGCUUACCCUCCUUUCCGCCCCUGCUUACCCUCCUUUCCGCCCCUGCUUCCUCUCCUUUCCGCCCCUGCUUCCCCUCCUUUCCGCCCCUGCUUACCCUCCUUUCCGCCCCUGCUUACCCUCCUUUCCGCCCCUGCUUCCCCUCCUUUCCGCCCCUGCUUCCCCUCCUUUCCGCCCCUGCUUCCCCUCCUUUCCGCCCCUGCUUACCCUCCUUUCCGCCCCUGCUUCCCCUCCUUUCCGCCCCUGCUUCCUCUCCUUUCCGCCCCUGCUUCCCCUCCUUUCCGCCCCUGCUUCCCCUCCUUUCCGCCCCUGCUUACCCUCCUUUCCGCCCCUGCUUCCCCUCCUUUCCGCCCCUGCUUACCCUCCUUUCCGCCCCUGCUUCCCCUCCUUUCCGCCCCUGCUUCCCCUCCUUUCCGCCCCUGCUUACCCUCCUUUCCGCCCCUGCUUCCCUUCCUUUCCGCCCCUGCUUACCCUCCUUUCCGCCCCUGCUUCCUCUCCUUUCCGCCCCUGCUUACCCUCCUUUCCGCCCCUGCUUCCCCUCCUUUCCGCCCCUGCUUCCCCUCCUUUCCGCCCCUGCUUACCCUCCUUUCCGCCCCUGCUUACCCUCCUUUCCGCCCCUGCUUCCCCUCCUUUCCGCCCCUGCUUCCCCUCCUUUCCGCCCCUGCUUACCCUCCUUUCCGCCCCUGCUUCCCCUCCUUUCCGCCCCUGCUUACCCUCCUUUCCGCCCCUGCUUCCCCUCCUUUCCGCCCCUGCUUCCCCUCCUUUCCGCCCCUGCUUCCCUCCUUUCCGCCCCUGCUUACCCUCCUUUCCGCCCCUGCUUACCCUCCUUUCCGCCCCUGCUUCCCUUCCUUUCCGCCCCUGCUUACCCUCCUUUCCGCCCCUGCUUCCCCUCCUUUCCGCCCCUGCUUCCCUCCUUUCCGCCCGUGCUUACCCUCCUUUCCGCCCCUGCUUCCCCUCCUUUCCGCCCCUGCUUCCCCUCCUUUCCGCCCCUGCUUACCCUCCUUUCCGCCCCUGCUUCCCCUCCUUUCCGCCCCUGCUUACCCUCCUUUCCGCCCCUGCUUCCCCUCCUUUCCGCCCCUGCUUCCCCUCCUUUCCGCCCCUGCUUACCCUCCUUUCCGCCCCUGCUUCCCCUCCUUUCCGCCCCUGCUUCCCCUCCUUUCCGCCCCUGCUUCCCCUCCUUUCCGCCCCUGCUUCCCCUCCUUUCCGCCCCUGCUUCCCCUCCUUUCCGCCCCUGCUUCCCCUCCUUUCCGCCCCUGCUUACCCUCCUUUCCGCCCCUGCUUCCCCUCCUUUCCGCCCCUGCUUACCCUCCUUUCCGCCCCUGCUUCCCCUCCUUUCCGCCCCUGCUUCCCCUCCUUUCCGCCCCUGCUUACCCUCCUUUCCGCCCCUGCUUCCCUUCCUUUCCGCCCCUGCUUACCCUCCUUUCCUCCCCUGCUUCCUCUCCUUUCCGCCCCUGCUUACCCUCCUUUCCGCCCCUGCUUCCCCUCCUUUCCGCAACCUCCUUUCCGCCCCUGCUUACCCUCCUUUCCGCCCCUGCUUACCCUCCUUUCCGCCCCUGCUUCCCCUCCUUUCCGCCCCUGCUUCCCCUCCUUUCCGCCCCUGCUUACCCUCCUUUCCGCCCCUGCUUCCCCUCCUUUCCGCCCCUGCUUACCCUCCUUUCCGCCCCUGCUUCCCCUCCUUUCCGCCCCUGCUUCCCCUCCUUUCCGCCCCUGCUUCCCCUCCUUUCCGCCCCUGCUUACCCUCCUUUCCGCCCCUGCUUACCCUCCUUUCCGCCCCUGCUUCCCCUCCUUUCCGCCCCUGCUUACCCUCCUUUCCGCCCCUGCUUCCCUUCCUUUCCGCCCCUGCUUACCCUCCUUUCCGCCCCUGCUUCCCCUCCUUUCCGCCCCUGCUUCCCAUCCUUUCCGCCCCUGCUUACCCUCCUUUCCGCCCCUGCUUCCCCUCCUUUCCGCCCCUGCUUCCCCUCCUUUCCGCCCCUGCUUACCCUCCUUUCCGCCCCUGCUUCCCCUCCUUUCCGCCCCUGCUUACCCUCCUUUCCGCCCCUGCUUCCCCUCCUUUCCGCCCCUGCUUCCCCUCCUUUCCGCCCCUGCUUCCCCUCCUUUCCGCCCCUGCUUACCCUCCUUUCCGCCCCUGCUUCCCCUCCUUUCCGCCCCUGCUUCCCCUCCUUUCCGCCCCUGCUUCCCCUCCUUUCCGCCCCUGCUUCCCCUCCUUUCCGCCCCUGCUUCCCCUCCUUUCCGCCCCUGCUUACCCUCCUUUCCGCCCCUGCUUCCCCUCCUUUCCGCCCCUGCUUACCCUCCUUUCCGCCCCUGCUUCCCCUCCUUUCCGCCCCUGCUUACCCUCCUUUCCGCCCCUGCUUCCCCUCCUUUCCGCCCCUGCUUACCCUCCUUUCCGCCCCUGCUUCCCCUCCUUUCCGCCCCUGCUUCCCCUCCUUUCCGCCCCUGCUUCCCCUCCUUUCCGCCCCUGCUUACCCUCCUUUCCGCCCCUGCUUCCCCUCCUUUCCGCCCCUGCUUCCCCUCCUUUCCGCCCCUGCUUACCCUCCUUUCCUCCCCUGCUUCCUCUCCUUUCCGCCCCUGCUUACCCUCCUUUCCUCCCCUGCUUCCCUCCUUUCCGCCCCUGCUUACCCUCCUUUCCGCCCCUGCUUCCCCUCCUUUCCGCCCCUGCUUCCCCUCCUUUCCGCCCCUGCUUACCCUCCUUUCCGCCCCUGCUUACCCUCCUUUCCGCCCCUGCUUCCCCUCCUUUCCGCCCCCUGCUUCCCUCCUUUCCGCCCCUGCUUACCCUCCUUUCCGCCCCUGCUUCCCCUCCUUUCCGCCCCUGCUUACCCUCCUUUCCGCCCCUGCUUCCCCUCCUUUCCGCCCCUGCUUCCCCUCCUUUCCGCCCCUGCUUCACCUCCUUUCCGCCCCUGCUUACCCUCCUUUCCGCCCCUGCUUACCCUCCUUUCCGCCCCUGCUUCCCCUCCUUUCCGCCCCUGCUUACCCUCCUUUCCGCCCCUGCUUCCCUCCUUUCCGCCCCUGCUUACCCUCCUUUCCGCCCCUGCUUCCCUCCUUUCCGCCCCUGCUUCCCAUCCUUUCCGCCCCUGCUUACCCUCCUUUCCGCCCCUGCUUCCCCUCCUUUCCGCCCCUGCUUCCCUCCUUUCCGCCCCUGCUUACCCUCCUUUCCGCCCCUGCUUCCCCUCCUUUCCGCCCCUGCUUACCCUCCUUUCCGCCCCUGCUUCCUCUCCUUUCCGCCCCUGCUUCCCCUCCUUUCCGCCCCUGCUUCCCCUCCUUUCCGCCCCUGCUUACCCUCCUUUCCGCCCCUGCUUCCCCUCCUUUCCGCCCCUGCUUCCCCUCCUUUCCGCCCCUGCUUCCCCUCCUUUCCGCCCCUGCUUACCCUCCUUUCCGCCCCUGCUUCCCCUCCUUUCCGCCCCUGCUUCCCCUUCCUUUCCGCCCCUGCUUACCCUCCUUUCCUCCCCUGCUUCCUCUCCUUUCCGCCCCUGCUUACCCUCCUUUCCGCCCCUGCUUCCCCUCCUUUCCGCCCCUGCUUCCCCUCCUUUCCGCCCCUGCUUACCCUCCUUUCCGCCCCUGCUUCCCUCCUUUCCGCCCCUGCUUCCCCUCCUUUCCGCCCCUGCUUACCCUCCUUUCCGCCCCUGCUUCCCUCCUUUCCGCCCCUGCUUCCCCUCCUUUCCGCCCCUGCUUCCCCUCCUUUCCGCCCCUGCUUACCCUCCUUUCCGCCCCUGCUUACCCUCCUUUCCGCCCCUGCUUCCCCUCCUUUCCGCCCCUGCUUACCCUCCUUUCCGCCCCUGCUUCCCUUCCUUUCCGCCCCUGCUUACCCUCCUUUCCGCCCCUGCUUCCCUCCUUUCCGCCCCUGCUUCCCAUCCUUUCCGCCCCUGCUUACCCUCCUUUCCGCCCCUGCUUCCCCUCCUUUCCGCCCCUGCUUCCCUCCUUUCCGCCCCUGCUUACCCUCCUUUCCGCCCCUGCUUCCCCUCCUUUCCGCCCCUGCUUACCCUCCUUUCCGCCCCUGCUUCCCCUCCUUUCCGCCCCUGCUUCCCCUCCUUUCCGCCCCUGCUUCCCCUCCUUUCCGCCCCUGCUUACCCUCCUUUCCGCCCCUGCUUCCCCUCCUUUCCGCCCCUGCUUCCCCUCCUUUCCGCCCCUGCUUCCCCUCCUUUCCGCCCCUGCUUCCCCUCCUUUCCGCCCCUGCUUCCCCUCCUUUCCGCCCCUGCUUACCCUCCUUUCCGCCCCUGCUUCCCUCCUUUCCGCCCCUGCUUACCCCUCCUUUCCCCUCCUUUCCGCCCCUGCUUACCCUCCUUUCCGCCCCUGCUUCCCCUCCUUUCCGCCCCUGCUUACCCUCCUUUCCGCCCCUGCUUCCCCUCCUUUCCGCCCCUGCUUCCCCUCCUUUCCGCCCCUGCUUCCCCUCCUUUCCGCCCCUGCUUACCCUCCUUUCCGCCCCUGCUUCCCCUCCUUUCCGCCCCUGCUUCCCAUCCUUUCCGCCCCUGCUUCCCCUCCUUUCCGCCCCUGCUUACCCUCCUUUCCGCCCCUGCUUCCCCUCCUUUCCGCCCCUGCUUCCCUCCUUUCCGCCCCUGCUUACCCUCCUUUCCGCCCCUGCUUCCCUCCUUUCCGCCCCUGCUUCCCCUCCUUUCCGCCCCUGCUUCCCUCCUUUCCGCCCCUGCUUCCCCUCCUUUCCGCCCCUGCUUACCCUCCUUUCCGCCCCUGCUUCCCCUCCUUUCCGCCCCUGCUUCCCCUCCUUUCCGCCCCUGCUUACCCUCCUUUCCGCCCCUGCUUCCCCUCCUUUCCGCCCCUGCUUCCCUCCUUUCCGCCCCUGCUUCCCCUCCUUUCCGCCCCUGCUUACCCUCCUUUCCGCCCCUGCUUCCCUCCUUUCCGCCCCUGCUUCCCUCCUUUCCGCCCCUGCUUCCCUCCUUUCCGCCCCCCCUGCUUACCCUCCUUUCCGCCCCUGCUUCCCUCCUUUCCGCCCCUGCUUCCCCUCCUUUCCCCCCUGCUUCCCCUCCUUUCCGCCCCUGCUUCCCCUCCUUUCCGCCCCUGCUUACCCUCCUUUCCGCCCCUGCUUCCCCUCCUUUCCGCCCCUGCUUCCCUCCUUUCCGCCCCUGCUUCCCCUCCUUUCCGCCCCUGCUUCCCUCCUUUCCGCCCCUGCUUACCCUCCUUUCCGCCCCUGCUUCCCCUCCUUUCCGCCCCUGCUUACCCUCCUUUCCGCCCCUGCUUACCCUCCUUUCCGCCCCUGCUUCCCUCCUUUCCGCCCCUGCUUCCCCUCCUUUCCGCCCCUGCUUCCCUCCUUUCCGCCCCUGCUUCCCCUCCUUUCCGCCCCUGCUUACCCUCCUUUCCGCCCCUGCUUCCCCUCCUUUCCGCCCCUGCUUCCCCUCCUUUCCGCCCCUGCUUCCCCUCCUUUCCGCCCCUGCUUCCCCUCCUUUCCGCCCCUGCUUCCCCUCCUUUCCGCCCCUGCUUCCCUCCUUUCCGCCCCUGCUUCCCUCCUUUCCGCCCCUGCUUCCCCUCCUUUCCGCCCCUGCUUACCCUCCUUUCCGCCCCUGCUUCCCUCCUUUCCGCCCCUGCUUACCCUCCUUUCCGCCCCUGCUUCCCCUCCUUUCCGCCCCUGCUUCCCUCCUUUCCGCCCCUGCUUCCCCUCCUUUCCGCCCCUGCUUCCCCUCCUUUCCGCCCCUGCUUACCCUCCUUUCCGCCCCUGCUUCCCCUCCUUUCCGCCCCUGCUUCCCCUCCUUUCCGCCCCUGCUUCCCCUCCUUUCCGCCCCUGCUUCCCCUCCUUUCCGCCCCUGCUUCCCCUCCUUUCCGCCCCUGCUUACCCUCCUUUCCGCCCCUGCUUCCCCUCCUUUCCGCCCCUGCUUACCCUCCUUUCCGCCCCUGCUUCCCCUCCUUUCCGCCCCUGCUUACCCUCCUUUCCGCCCCUGCUUCCCCUCCUUUCCGCCCCUGCUUACCCUCCUUUCCGCCCCUGCUUCCCUCCUUUCCGCCCCUGCUUACCCUCCUUUCCGCCCCUGCUUCCCCUCCUUUCCGCCCCUGCUUACCCUCCUUUCCGCCCCUGCUUCCCCUUUCCUUUCCGCCCCUGCUUACCCUCCUUUCCGCCCCUGCUUCCCCUCCUUUCCGCCCCUGCUUACCCUCCUUUCCGCCCCUGCUUCCCCUCCUUUCCGCCCCUGCUUCCCCUCCUUUCCGCCCCUGCUUACCCUCCUUUCCGCCCCUGCUUCCUCCUUUCCGCCCCUGCUUACCCUCCUUUCCGCCCCUGCUUCCCUCCUUUCCGCCCCUGCUUACCCUCCUUUCCGCCCCUGCUUCCCCUCCUUUCCGCCCCUGCUUCCCCUCCUUUCCGCCCCUGCUUCCCCUCCUUUCCGCCCCUGCUUCCCCUCCUUUCCGCCCCUGCUUCCCCUCCUUUCCGCCCCUGCUUCCCCUCCUUUCCGCCCCUGCUUCCCCUCCUUUCCGCCCCUGCUUCCCCUCCUUUCCGCCCCUGCUUCCCCUCCUUUCCGCCCCUGCUUCCCCUCCUUUCCGCCCCUGCUUCCCCUCCUUUCCGCCCCUGCUUCCCCUCCUUUCCGCCCCUGCUUCCCCUCCUUUCCGCCCCUGCUUACCCUCCUUUCCGCCCCUGCUUCCCCUCCUUUCCGCCCCUGCUUACCCUCCUUUCCGCCCCUGCUUCCCCUCCUUUCCGCCCCUGCUUACCCUCCUUUCCGCCCCUGCUUCCCCUCCUUUCCGCCCCUGCUUACCCUCCUUUCCGCCCCUGCUUCCCCUCCUUUCCGCCCCUGCUUCCCCUCCUUUCCGCCCCUGCUUCCCCUCCUUUCCGCCCCUGCUUCCCCUCCUUUCCGCCCCUGCUUACCCUCCUUUCCGCCCCUGCUUCCCCUCCUUUCCGCCCCUGCUUCCCCUCCUUUCCGCCCCUGCUUCCCCUCCUUUCCGCCCCUGCUUCCCCUCCUUUCCGCCCCUGCUUACCCUCCUUUCCGCCCCUGCUUCCCUUCCUUUCCGCCCCUGCUUACCCUCCUUUCCGCCCCUGCUUCCCUUCCUUUCCGCCCCUGCUUACCCUCCUUUCCGCCCCUGCUUCCCCUCCUUUCCGCCCCUGCUUCCCUCCUUUCCGCCCCUGCUUCCCCUCCUUUCCGCCCCUGCUUCCGGCUUCCCUCCGGCUUGACAACUGUCGCCACGUCACAGACUCUGCUCUCAGCAUGCUCUCAGGUGCUUCUUCAGGUGCUCACUCAGCUGCAUGUUCUCGGAUGCGUCUUCGUUGGUCCACUUGCGCCACCUGUCUGUGUGGGGCAGCAUCAUCACCAACGCCUCUGCCCCUCAAUCUCUCCCGUGUGCUCUUUUAUGACAUCAACUUCGUUACCACCCUUUCUCCCACCCCUCUGCCCCUCCAACCCCACCCACUCUUCCCCCAGACCCUCGUUCAUUUGCGCCAUCUGUCUGUGUGGGGCAGCAUCAUCACCAACGCCUCUGCCCCUCUCCUCCUCACCUUCCCCAACUCUCACUGUACUCUUUCCAUCCCCCCCCCAUCCCUUCCCUUCCCCCCCUCCAGUCGCUGGCCCACUUGCGCCAUCUGUCAGUGUGGAGCAGCAGCAUCACCAACGCCACCGCCUUGCUGCUCCUCGCCUAAUUACCUCCUCGCUGGAAAUGCCCCUCCUUCCCCUUUUUCUUCCUCUCAUUUCCUUCAUUGUCCCCCGCUGCUUGCCCUGUUCCUCUCCUCUCCUCCCUCUUCCAGUCUCCUCCAUUCCCUCCCCUCCCUCUUCCAGUCUCUUCCAUUCCCUCUCCUCCCUCUUCCAGUCUCCUCCAUUCUCUCUCCUCCCUCGUCCAAUCGACUCCCUUCCGUCUCCUCCCUCCCUUGUCCAAUCUCCUCUUUUCCCUCUCCCAUCUUCCCUAUCCCCCCAAAUCCUUUCCCUUGUUCCCUCCCUCGUCCAAUCUCCUCCCUUGCUCCCUUCCUCUCUUCCGCACAUCCUCCCUUCCACUCUGUCCUGCCUUUCCUCCCUUGCUCUUCCCUCAUUUCCCACCCAGCGUCCCCUCAUUUCCCUGCUGUUCAUUAUGGUCCCCCCCUUGCUUACAGUGCCUUCCUUUCCCCCGUGCUAGCCUUCCUCCCCCCUGCUCACCCUUCCUAA